AUGGCGUCUGCCCCAGCCCAGCCACCCGCUGAAGGGACAGAAGGGGCUGCCCCCGGUGGAGGCCCCCCCGGCCCUCCUCCCAACGUGACCAGCAACAGGCGACUGCAGCAAACCCAGGCGCAGGUGGAGGAGGUGGUGGACAUCAUGCGUGUGAAUGUGGACAAGGUCCUGGAGAGGGACCAGAAGCUGUCAGAGCUGGAUGACCGAGCUGAUGCCUUGCAGGCGGGAGCGUCACAAUUUGAGAGCAGUGCUGCCAAGCUAAAGAGAAAGUAUUGGUGGAAAAACUGCAAGAUGAUGAUCAUGCUGGGAGCCAUCUGCGCCAUCAUCGUGGUAGUCAUUGUAAGAAGCGGCAGAGGCGGGCAGGGCCGCCCCCUUCCACGAGCAGCAUCUCGUCAUGCAAAACCAUGCUCCCUGCCCUUGCCCAUGCCCUGGCUUUCCGCGUUCCCUUCGUCCUGCCCCAGGGCAGGACUGAAGCGCUGGAAGAAAGCAGUCAGUGUGCCCUCCCAACAGUCCCCCGAAGGUCUCCACUCUCCUCUGGGCUCCUCCUUGCCUAAUGCAGGGGGCCACCGCUGGAGAAGAACCGCCAGUGUCCUCGAUGUGUCCCAAGCCUGGAGCAGAUCUGCCCUCUUGGCCUGCCCAGCCCUGUCAGGGGAACUAGUUCCGGGGUUUCUGUCCCGCUGAGGCUUGCCAGACGUAGGUGGCUUUGUUCUUUGGGGGUGUCAUCCCUUCGCCCUUCUUGCUGCCCCACCCUGUGCCCUCUUCUGUGUCUUUGCUGUCCCCCCGCUGCCCGUGUGCAUGAGCAGAUACGCAGCUAGACCCGGGACGCUGCAGUCAAACAAAGCUGAGCUCCCCACAUCCCCUCCUCGGUUUCCCAUGAGAUGAUGUGGGGUUUCCACUGUGUGUCAGUCAUCACCUCUUUGUCUUUUUUUCCUCACCCCAAUCUCAUACUUGUCUAGAGUAAUAACAACGGUUGUACUUCCACCAAAGGCAUGUGGCAUAUCUACCAGUUUCAUGUAUUCUCCACAAAGGCAAAAAAUAAAAAUUCCUACCACUGAA